UUUUCCAAUAGUAGCUCGUACAAGUUCUUGUCUCGCUAGUUUCGGUGCAAGUCUAACAUGUCAUUGACUACUGCCGUAAGUGUAGAUGGCAUCCAAUUCGAUCGCAAUGAUUUUUUAUGGGAAGGUAAAUAUGGUAAAGUGUAUCAAGGUACUUAUAAAGGUCAAAGUAUAGCAGUCAAACGAAUAGAGAAGAGUGUUCAACAACAAGACAGGGAGUUAAAAAUUCUGCAGGAAUUAGACCACCCCAAUGUAAUAAAAUUUGUUCACUCCGCAAGCGAUGCCGACUUCAAUUACUUUGCUUUGGAAUUAUGCGACGCGUCCUUGGAUCAGGUGUUUCUAAAUGAGAACGAUCCUCGGAAAUAUAAAGGACCUGCAUUACCAAAUAAUUUCGAGGUUUUCUCCCAGCUAGCCACUGGUCUCAAAUACAUUCAUUCGAAGCAACUAAUCCAUCGGGACAUUAAACCGGAAAACAUUCUCAUUUCAGUGAAACAUACUGACAAAGGUAAAAACAUAACGAUCAAGUGGGCUGAUUUUGGAUUGUCACGAGAAGUGAGUGAAAGGGGAACAUUCAUAAUGAGUGGAGUCAAAGGGACUCUACUUUGGUUCUCUCCAGAAGAGAUAGAAAUUAUGGGCAGAAACCUACUAACUGGAAAGAAUAAAGGCUCCAUCAAAAGCGACGUAUUUGCAGAAGGCCUCGUCUUCGGUUAUAUUCUCUUGAAAGGAAGACAUAUCUACGGUGAAAAUGAUAUAGAAAUUGUAACGAACAUGCAAAACACCAACUUAGUUAAUAUGGGUGAAAUUCACCAGAAACAUUUAGCACGUAACUUGAUAGAACGAAUGUUGACCAUGGCACCUGAUACAAGAAUUACAUCUGAAGAAGUGUUUAAUGAACUUCAAUGCAUCAAAAUUAAACAUAGCGAAGAAGAAAUACACCUGCAUCAGCUGUGUAGACGUCCAACAACAGAUAAUAGGAAUAAAAUCGAAUCUUUAAUGCAACUCGGUGUCGACUUAAACGCUAAGGAUAACAAUGGAUGGAAUGCGCUUCAUCUUUUAUGUCAAAACAAUUCAAGCCAACACUUGGUCGAUGCGAUUAAACUGUUGAUCGAACUCGGCAUCGACAAGGACGCAAAAACCAAUACUGGAUUGAACGCGCUUCAUCUUUUGUGUCGAUACGAUUCAAGUCCACACUUAAUCGAUGCGAUUAAACUCUUGAUCCAACUCGGCAUCGACAAAAACGCAAAAACCAACCAUGGAUCGAAUGCGCUUCAUCUUUGGUGUUCUAACAAUUCAGCUUCCAGCCCACACUUAAUCGAUGCGAUUACAUUCUUGACCGAACUUGGCAUCGACAAGGAAGCAAAAACCAACGAUGAAUGGAAUGUGCUUCAUCUUUUGUGUUCUGACAAUUCAGCUUCCAGGCCACACUUAAUCAAUGCGAUUACAUUCUUGACCAAACUUAGCAUCGACAUAAACGCAAAAACGAACGAUGGAUGGAAUGUGCUUCAUCUUUUGUGUUCUGACAAUUCAAACCCACAUUUAAUCGAUACGAUUAAACUCUUGAUCGAAAUCGGCUUCGAUAAAAAGGUAACGAAUAACUAUGGAGGAAAUGCGCUUUAUUUUUUGUGUCGAUACAAUUCGAGCCCACAUUUAAUCGAUGCGAUUACAUUCUUGAUCAAACUUGGCAUCGAUAUAAACGCAAAAACGAAUGAUGGAUGGAAUGCGUUUCAUAUUUUGUGUUCUAACAAUUCAAGCCCACAUUUAAUAGAUGCGAUUAGAUUUUUGAUCUGGUACGGCAUCGACAAAAACGCAAAAACCAACGCUGGAUGGAAUGCGCUUCAUAUUUUGUGUUAUAACAAUUCAAGCCCACAUUUAAUCGAAGCGAUUAAACUCUUGAUCGAACUCGGCAUCGACAAAAACGCAAAAAUCAACAAGGGAUCGAAUGCGCUUCAUCUUUUGUGUCAAAACAAUUCAAGCCCACGUUUAACUGAUGCGAUUAAACACUUGAUUAAUCUUGGCAUCAACAAAUACGCAAAGAGUAACAAUGAAGGGAAUGCACUUCAUUUUUUGUGUUCUAACAAUUCCAGCCCACACCUAAUCGAUGCGAUUAAACUCUUGAUCGAACUCGGCAUCGACAAGGACGCAAAGAACAACAGGGGAGGGAAUGCGCUUCAUGUUUUGUGUUCUAACAAUUCCAGCCCACACUUAAUCGAUGCGAUUAAACUCUUGAUCAAACUCGGCAUCGACAUAAACGCAAAAACCAACGCUGGAUCCAAUGUGCUUCAUCUUUUGUGUCGAAACAAUUCAAGCCCACACUUAACCGAUACGAUUGAGCUCUUGAUCGAACGCGGCAUAGACAAGGACGCAAAGAACAACGAUGGAUUGAGUGCGCUUCAUCUUUUGUGUUCUAACAAUUCAAGCCCAAAAUUAACCGAUGCGAUUAAACUUUUGGUCGAACUCGACAUAGACAUAAACGCAAAAACGAAAGAUGGGUGGAAUGCGCUUCAUUGUUUGUGUCAUAACAGUUCAACCCCACAUUUAAUCGAUGCGAUUAAACUCUUGAUCGAUCUCGGCAUCGACAAAAACGCAAAAACCAACUAUGAAUCGAAUGCGCUUCAUGAUUUGUGUUAUAACAAUUCAAGCCCACAUUUAAUCGAUGCGAUUAAACUCUUGAUCGAACUCGGCAUCGACAAAAACGCAAAAACCAACGAAGGAGCGAAUGCGCUUCAUGAUUUGUGUUAUAACAAUUCAAGCCCACAUUUAACAACCAUCCCCUUCUUUGGAUGGAAUGCAUACGAUCUGAGUCAGCGCAAUCCAAAUCUUAGAAACUGCAACCUGUACGAAAUCUUUAAAUCCGGAUGA